UCUCUCUCUCUCUCUCUCUCGGACUCGAAGACGAAAUCCCAUUUCCUUCUCAAUCCGUCAUCUCCUCCACGGUUUCUCGCAGCGCGGGGAUUUGGAAGCCCGCGACAAUGGCGUCUAGGGUUGCGAAUUGGCUGAUCCUCUCUCUCCUCGUCCUCGCCGCGACCGCCAUCUCCGCGGAGGAGGAAUCCGAGCCGGCCAAGGAGUUCGUGUUGACCCUGGAUCACUCCAAUUUCUCCGACACCGUCAGUAAGCACGACUUCAUCGUCGUCGAGUUCUACGCCCCUUGGUGUGGUCAUUGUAAGAAGCUUGCACCCGAGUAUGAGAAAGCUGCAUCCAUAUUGAGCAGUCAUGACCCUCCCAUAGCUCUGGCCAAAAUUGAUGCUAAUGAAGAAGCAAACAAGGAGCUUGCUAGCGAAUAUGACAUCAAGGGUUUUCCCACACUUAAAAUCUUGAGAAACGGGGGGAAGAGUAUUCAAGAGUUCAAAGGUCCCCGUGAUGCGGAUGGUAUUGUUGCAUACUUGAAGAAACAAAGCGGUCCUCCUUCUGCCGAAAUAAAAUCUGUUGAAGAUGCCAGCACUCUGAUAGGAGAUAAAAAGAUAGUGAUUGUUGGGAUAUUCCCAAAGUUUUCUGGUGAAGAGUAUGAGAAUUUCACUGCUUUAGCUGAGAACUUGCGCUCUGACUAUGAGUUUGGUCACACUUUGGAUGCCAAACUGCUUCCACGGGGAGAGUCAUCAGUUGCUGGACCUGCUGUUAGGCUCUUUAAGCCAUUUGACGAACUCUUUGUUGAUUUACAGGAUUUCCAUGUGGAUGCUCUGGAGAAGUUCGUUGAAAAAUCCAGUGUGCCUCUUGUCACUAUCUUUGACAGUGACCCAAGCAACCACCCUUUUGUGAUCAAGUUUUUUAAUAGCGAUAAUGCUAAGGCAAUGUUGUUUAUGAAUUUUAGCACUGAAGUAGCUGAAUCUUUUACCUCAAAAUACCGCGAUGUUGCUGAGCAAUAUAAAGGACAGGGCAUCAGCUUUCUGAUGGGAGAUCUGGAUGCUAGUCAAGGUGCUUUCCAGUAUUUUGGACUCAAGGAGGACCAAGUGCCUCUUAUUGUAGUACAGACAAAUGAUGGGCAAAAGUAUUUGAAACCAAACCUGCAACCUGAUGAUAUUGCUCCUUGGGUGAAAGAGUACAAGGAAGGCAAAGUCCCACAGUACAGGAAGUCUGAACCCAUACCCCAAGAUAACAGUGAGCCUGUGAAAGUAGUUGUAGCUGAGAGCCUGCAGGAGAUGGUGAUGAACUCUGACAAAAAUGUUCUCCUGGAGUUUUAUGCUCCUUGGUGUGGACAUUGCAAAAAAUUGGCUCCUAUAUUGGAUGAAGUUGCACUUUCUUUCGGAAGUGAUGCUAAUGUUAUUAUUGCCAAGUUUGACGCAACCGCGAAUGAUGUCCCAGGUGACACCUUCGAUGUCAAGGGGUACCCAACUAUUUACUUUAGGUCAGCAAGUGGGAAGGUGGUGCCGUAUGAUGGCGAUAGGACAAAGGAAGAUAUAAUAGAUUUCAUUGAGAAGAACCGUGAUAAAGCAGAAGAGAAAGCCACGGGUGAAGAAGAGAAAGUCACAGGCAAAGAUGAGCUCUAGAUGAAGGAAGUUUUGCUUACUGGCGUACACAGCUGCAUACAGGUUUUCAUGCUGUAAUACAUGAGAAAUCGUCGUGUCCCCGACCCCCUUUGCCCUCCCCUCUCCUUCCUUUGAACUUUUUAUCGUUCUCUUAAUAAAAGAGGGAAUUGGGUUUUUGGGGUUGUAGAGUAACUUAGCUCUUUACAUUUAGGUCUCGUUUUGUUUAAAUCUAUUAUGUAUCUCUCCGGCGACAGUUCGAGAUAUCCAUUCUGUUUUAAAUUUUAGAAGUCGUUUGCGGUUC